UAAUUUAAUAACAAAAGUUCUCACUUUCUGUCGCUAUGGUACAAUUCACACAACUAUGUGGUAAUAUUUCACCACUCUUACAAUAAACACAACAGAUCAUCAAAAAGGACCUUUUUUCACCACUAUAAGUACAUCUGACAUUGACUCGGUAAAACAACAUGCAGGAAGACAUGUUUCGUAUUGAAAUACAUUCACACAAAGUGCGCGCGUAACUUUGGAGAAGAUUCACUUCUCUAUUGUUAAAAUACCUUUUACUAUCACUAUGUGUGGGGCCCUGGGUAUUGCAGUGGCUAAGGUUAGUUUUGGAAGUGUUAUGGUAUUACUUAAGAUUGUUAUCCCGUUUUACAAGGAAGUUAGCCCAAUUGUAAACGUAAGAUAGUCAACAAAGCACCAGAUGAAGCCGAUAUUCAUUCAAGACUGUCUUUGUGUUAUAUUUUCAGGGAGCAGAAUAGACAGCAAGGCAGUGAAAUCUGUUGUGGUGGCAGCCCGGCCGACGGUGAGUGUCCUGUUUAUUUCUCCCUUUUUGCUUAUGAUUCCGUUUUCCCCUGGUGUACUGUUUUUUCCUGUCCCCUGCGUGUGCUCUCCCUCUCUCUCUCCCUCCGCUCCUGAGCCCAGCCAACGACCUGCACCUGCAUCUCGUCAGCCACCUCCUCUGCCUGCCACACCUGCCAGCAAUCAACCUAAUCCCUGCCUGCAUAUCAACCCCGGUUCUCCACUCCAUCACUGCUUGAUCGUCAUUGCUCCUAACCCGGUUCACUCACCCUCAUCCUCUGUCCUGUCAGCUGGGCUCGCCCACCGGUCCUCUCCUCUCGGGCUACCUCCACGGCGCACCCCUCACUUCUCACCAGUCCGCCUGCCACCACACCGUUCCAUUCCCCGGUCCCCUGCCUCCCACGGCUCCCUCACCUCUCCUCCUCCACCUCGCCAGCCCCUUGGUUCUCCGUGUCCCCUUUCCCUGGCGUCCGCCUCGCCUCCAUCUCCUCUUCCCCAGCCCCUCUGUUUACCCUAAAUAAACCACCUUUCUACGGAGUGUUGUGUUUGGGUCCAUUCUGUCCUGCUCUGUAACAGAAAUAAAUCAUUUUCAUUUCA